AUGGCCAUUCCAACUAAACAAAAAGCAGUGAUUUUCGAGACCAACGGUGGUGAAUUGCAGUACAAAGACAUCGAUGUCCCCAAGCCUAAGCCCAAUGAGAUCUUGAUUAACGUGAAAUAUUCCGGUGUGUGCCACACCGAUCUUCACGCCUGGAAGGGAGACUGGCCAUUGGCUACCAAGCUUCCUCUUGUGGGAGGCCACGAGGGUGCUGGUGAGGUUGUUGCAAUUGGUGAAAAUGUCACCGGCUGGGAACUCGGCGACUUGGCUGGUAUCAAGUGGUUGAACGGAUCUUGUUUGUCGUGUGAAUUCUGUAUCACCUCCAAAGAAUCCAAUUGUCCUCACGCUGACUUGUCUGGUUACACCCACGACGGAUCUUUCCAACAGUACGCUACGGCCGAUGCUGUGCAGGCCGCCCGUAUUCCAAAGGGAACCGACUUGGCUCAGGUAGCACCAAUUUUGUGUGCCGGUAUCACCGUGUACAAGGCCUUGAAAACGGCCGACUUGACUGCCGGUCAGUGGGUUGCUAUUUCUGGUGCUGCUGGAGGUUUGGGUUCCUUGGCUGUCCAGUACGCUAAGGCCAUGGGUUACAGAGUUGUGGGUAUCGAUGGUGGUGCUGACAAGGGUGAGUUUGCCAAAUCGAUGGGUGCUGAAGCUUUCGUCGAUUUCUUGACUUCUAAAGACUUGGUUAAGGAUGUCAUCAAGGCCACCAAUGGAGGUCCUCAUGGUGUGAUCAAUGUUUCAGUUUCUGAGAGAGCCAUGCAACAAUCGGUAGAGUACGUCAGACCUGCCGGUACUGUCGUGUUGGUGGGAUUGCCAGCUGGUGCCAAGGUUUCUGCUUCUGUUUUUGAUUCCGUUGUCAAGACCAUUUCCAUCAAGGGUUCCUACGUGGGUAACAGAGCCGACUCUGCUGAGGCCAUUGAAUUUUUCUCCAGAGGUUUGAUCAAGUGUCCUAUCAAGGUUGUGGGAUUGAGCGAGUUGCCAAAGGUUUACGAAUUGAUGGCCGAAGGUAAGAUUUUGGGACGUUACGUCGUUGACACUUACAAAUAA